AUGAACAACAACAAACACACGCAAGAGCCUGUGGACUCUUCCCGGAGGACGUCGUCAGAUCAGCGAGAUGAGGAUAUCGAGGAGUAUGCGGAUAUUAUUCCCGCGAGAUCAAAAAGCCACAACAGAGAAAUCCCGGGCGAUUCGGUGCUAUCAAAGCUGCCCUCAGGGGUUCUAAACUUCCAAGACGACCCAGUCUCGCGUCACCAAUCCCAUGCCGAGAUUCCCUAUGAAGCCUACAAUCGCUUCUCAAAACACCGCAAGCACGUCAUCGUUGCUGUGAUAUCGUGGUGCGGCUUGCUGUCGCCUAUUUCCAGCACGGCGGUGCUGUCGGCUUUGCCUGAAGUCGCCUCAGAGUACAAGACGACCGGAGACAUCAUCAGUCUUAGCAAUGCGUUGUAUCUCGUCUUCAUGGCUAUCAGUCCAUGUUUUUGGGGUCCUUUGAGCCAGGUGUACGGGCGGAAAUGGACCUGUGCAGUCACGGCAUCGUUGUUCUUGGGAUGUUCCAUCGGCACUGCUCUGAGCCCAAACAUCGCCGCCUUCUUCGUCUUCCGAAUGCUCACCGCAUUCGCCGGAACCUCAUUCCUCGUCACGGGCCCGGCUGUCAUCGGCGACCUGUAUCAUCCGACGGGACGCGCCACCGCCAUGGGAUGGUUCCUGUCCGGCACUCUGAUCGGACCGACCGUCGGACCGGUCCUUGGCGGCAUCAUCGUGACUUAUACAUCGUGGCGCGCCAUCUUUUGGCUCCAGACUGCCCUCGCCGGUGUCGGUGUCGGCGGCGCCUUGUUCCUCAUGCCGGAGACGUUGCAGGAACUCAAGAGCGCGGAGCUAAAAGGUCUACCAAUGUCCAAAAAGAUCGGCGUGCUUUGGGGGAUGACCAAUCCUAUCAGAGUCAUCCGGCUCUUCCGCUUCCCGAACCUCGUCCUCGUAGCGAUCGCCAGCGGCUCGCUCGUUUGGAACAUGUACGGCAUGCUGACCCCCAUUCGAUACGUCCUCAACCCACGCUUCUCCCUCACCUCGCCCGCCCAAUCCGGCCUCUUCUAUCUCGCCCCGGGAUGCGGCUACCUCGCCGGUACGCUUGUCGGCGGACGGUAUGCGGAUUACACGGUCCGACGCUGGAUAGCGGAGCGUCACGGACGACGGAUAUCCGAAGACCGGCUUCGCUCCUGCAUACCUUUCCUCGGCGCGGCCCUACCCUGCUGCAUGCUCAUCUACGGCUGGACCGUCCAACAGCGCGCCGGAGGUGUCGCCGUGCCCGUCGUCUUCAUGUUUCUCGGAGGGGUGUCGCAGCUCUUCUGCUUUCCGAGCCUCAACACCUACUGCCUGGACGUGAUCCAGGGUCGGAGUGCGGAGGUGAUAGCGGGCAACUUCAUGGUGAGGUAUCUUUUCGGUGCUGCCGGAUCGGCUGUGGUGCUCCCAGCCAUCAAGAAAAUCGGCGUCGGUUGGUUCAGCACCAUUUCAGCGGCUUUUCUAGUCAUCGGAUCGCUGAGCGUCUUGGCCGUGGCGCUAUGGGGUAGAAGUUGGCGUACUCGGAUUGAUGAAAAGACAACAUCUUCGAAAUAG